CAAAGGCGCUAAUUGGUCGGCACAUCAGAGCCCGGUUUACUCUCUGUGAGUUCGGGCCGGUCCUUUUGAUAACUACCCACGCCCACGGCAAGCGGCGUUUGAUCCGCACUCCAGUGCACCCAUUGUAGUUUCAAAGACGAAGAUAGCGUCAACAAUCUCGUAGAUUGAUCAGAUCUCGAUUCGCUCUUCGAGAAGCAGUACAUGUCCCGGUCAAGAUGUGCGACAAGAUGGAGAACAGUCUUAAAAAUGACGAACAGCCGGGCCAAUCCCACCAAGAUAGCACGGCAGAGGUCAAGCGCUCGUUACUCAAAAGCAACGACACCGCACCUUCCAUCGACUCUCUCAUUCGUGCACGACCAACUCUCCCCCCACCCGCCUCCUGCGAUUGCAGUCACAAGUGGUGCAUCCGAGAGUGGUCGGCAUCCAAGAGCCCUGAGGCAGAUCCUUCCACCAGUCGAGCCCCGUAUCUACGUGGUCAUCUACCCUCCCGGUUCAAAGAAAUCUCCUCGGCCAUCGCAAGCUACAUCAGGAGCAGCGUUCAGCGCAGACGUCGGGUGAGCUACAGGAGUUGGAUGGGCCCUUGCGACGCCUCCGUGAGGUGCAUAAGGCAGCACCUGCUGAACACCGUACCUGGGAUAAAGGAGGCUGCACCCAAACUUGCUCUAUGCACCGUUCGAGGAUGGUUGAAUCAGCUCACCUCGACAGCCAGACCCGAGCCCAACCUCAAAAGCUACUCCGAGGUGCGAGCUAUGAUCUUGACAGCCCUCACCCAACUCUCUGAGAUCUCCCAGAUUUACCCAAGUUACAGCGCCCCUUACAUACCGACCUUCAUGUCCGCAGCCCGCGCUCUUGGUCUCCAGGCCGAGGCACACCGUGCAUUGAACCGCCACACGCGGUCGUUACGCUUCAGAAGACUGUCCGGACAUCCGAGUUGCCGUAGACGUCUUUUUCAAUCAAAAGCUGCCUCCGUCUAGCCAUAAACUGUUCUUACUUCAGUGUGUAAUCUAGUAAUACAUUUAGAUUAUCUUAUUUUUAUCCCUUUCAAGUUUAAUUUCACUUACUCUGUCCGUCGAUAUAGACGUUCUAAUUUAUAUUUAUUUCAUACUUCCAUUUUCGAAUGUUAUUACCAUUACUAUGCAAAAACUAGAUACGAAGUUGUGUCCGUGUUUUAUGGAACUUUCUUUCAUAUUUCAUUUCCACUGAGGUCAUCUGAGGGAUACUUUAAAUGAUUGUUUAGCAUUUACUGGUAUUCGAAUUGCUGGAGUGUUUAGUUUUAAUUUCAUCGAAAACUCGUAAUGUCAUGACCAUCGAAAAAUAUCGUAAAGAGGGCCGACAAUUAACCUCCGCCGAUAUCUUUAGAACAUGGGUAUAGUGUCUUGUUUCUUCAUGCAAGUACAUUGUACAUGUACUUGUUUUAUAUUUCAUUUUGCGUUAAAAGUGAUCAAAUAAAACAUUGACGUCCAUGAAUUAAA